GAGAAAAAACUAUUUCCCUUUAGCUUGCAUAUAUCCUGCAAUAUAUAAGUCCAAAAAUUGGUCUUUCCCAUGCAUGUUCUGUACGUAUGCCCCAUGCAGCAAUGGCCCGAAGUCACUGUUUCAUAGUAGCCAUGGCGCAACGAGUCAAUUAAAUCAUGUCUCACAAUUUGAAACUUUGCGCCUCCACGACUAUUUUUUUUUUCCAACGGAUAGCACAACUUAUGCUUUAAUGUACCACUCGUGUGACAUAGGUUGAAAGAAAGAAGUGCUAAGCAUCAAGCAGAAUAAUUUCUAUCUUUUCAGUUUUCCCCUCGUAUCAAAUACAAUGGCGCAGACAAUUUGUAUAGCAGGUGCAGGCGAUCUCGGUCAGUACCUGCUCGAAGAGCUUUCCUCUGAUGAGCGUUACAAUGUUGCGGUUCUCACUCGACAGAAAGACAAGGCCAUACCGAAUCUGAAAGCAACUUUUCAUCCCACGGAUUAUAGCGAGGAAUCGGUCCUCUCCAUUCUCGAUGCUACUGGUGCUACAGCCUUGAUUUCCACAAUUCGAUGCCCAGAUGAGAAGUACAUUUCCCUUCAUCAAGGCUUUCUCAAUGCAUGUCUCCGGUCAACGACGUGCAAACGUUUCAUUCCGUCCGAAUGGGCUGGCAAUGUCGAGCUUUACCCAGGUAUCCCCCGUGCUUAUGGAAAUACACGUGCGCCUUUCCGUAAAAUCCUCGAACAAACCCCAGAAAUUCAAUGGACCUCGUUUAACCAUGGCUGGUUCAUGGACUACUUUGUCAAGCAAAAUCAAACGUACAUGACGCAUCACGCUGGGGAGUUUCCAAUUAACCACAAUUCCUGGGAGUACUGUGUGCGUGGCACAGGCGAUGAGCCACAAAGCUGGACCUGCGGGCGCGAUGUUGGGAGAGCAGUUGCCGAAUUACUUGCAGCUCCGGAAUGGGAGCAAGUGACUUACAUAGCCGGGGAAUGGGGUACAUACAACGAAGCUGUAAAGUUAAUGGAAUCAUUCCAUGGCCGCCAAUACUCCCGCACAUAUCGCCCCGAGAGCGAAAUUAGAGAAUCUCUGGAGAAGUACAAGAAUGACAGCGAAAGCUGGGAAUUAGCUAUAGCCGAGGGAGAAGAAUGGCAGAUUAGUGGAGCGACUUGCUGCCCGGAGGAGAAAACCCUCAGGCAACGUCACAAAUACUUCAGUAGUUUACAUUUCCUUUCUAUCCAAGAGCUAUUGAAAAAGGCGGAGGCUACCGGGCAUGUCUAAGAGAUACAUUAGAAAGCAAUUGAACGGUCGGUGUUUUUAUUCGCAUACUUUGAACUAUGGCAAAUAAUCUGUCAAAUCUGUUCUACGGAAUCAGACUUGUCCACAGAAAGAAUAAUGUUCCGUCAAUAUUGAUGCUAGUGUUCAAUCAUUAAUUUAUCUUGUAUAUACUACAAGGCAAGGCGAUGUUAGGGUGUAAAUUACCCUUACUCAACGUGAUUAAUUACUUGGUUAUCAACUUGUCCACAGCAAUUUAAGGGUAGCUC